GGAUAAGGGCGCUGAGAAGGAGCGGGGGCGGCAGGGGGCGAAGGAAAAGGCCGAGCAGGCCAAGAAGGAGACGCAGGAGAAGAACCUGGCGCUGAAGUGGAUCGGCGCCGCAACGAGGCUCGAGGCAGAGCUGGACGGGUACCUCGAGCAUGAGAAGGCGGACAAGGUGCCGUCAUGGGAUGUGAAGAACGCGAAGGCGGCGAGGAAGUCUGUGGCAGUCAUGAAGGCGGUGGCGCAGAAGCGCGCGCACAGCGGCGCGGCCUUGACGAUCACGCAGGACGAGGCCAUCAGCAUCCAGAAGGAUGCGAGCUCGGCGGCGAAGGCCAUCGCGGGGAUGCUCAAGGAGGCCCAGAAGCACAGCACCUGA